AUCGCGCCCAAGAAGUGGAGGGAGCUAGGGUUUGCAGAGCGCAAUGCGAGGGCGGGAUCGAUGCGGUGAGUCGACUAUGGGCGAUUCUAGGCUGGAUUGAGUAGCGGCAGCUUAGAUCUCCAGGAUUUGUGAGUCGCGGGCGAUGGAUUUUGAGCCUCCCUCGUUUUCUCUGGGCUUAGAUGAGACGCAGGUGCCGUCUUUCUCGUUGGGGCUGGACGAUUUUUUUUCUGCCGCUCCAGCGGCGGGCGUGAGUGGAAGGAGGGAUGAUGCGGGUAGCGCUAGAGCAGGUGCUAGGUCGUCAUUUGCUACAAAUGAGAGUUCUUUCCUGGCCGAUGACGAUGGUGGUGUUGAUCUUGUCGAAGCCACUCCAAAGAGAAGUUUGAAGCGUCUUCGUCGCGGACCAUCAAAGAGCGUUUUUGAGGAGAAGACGUGCUCACCGUCGACGAGAAGUGUUGUUACAGAUACAAGUUGUGCUGACGAGAUUGAGGAGUUUUCUUCCGAAGAGGAACAGCCAAAUAGAUCUCAAUCCCAGUCGUAUAAUCCCAGAUCGUUCUCUGCGCUCAAGCCCGUCAGAACACCUCCAGUAUAUGAAAGAAGAGAAGCAAACGAGGAAAUUCUACCUUCGGCUUUGCAUUCCCGAGUAACAUGUAAGAAAACCAGCCUUGGUUCCAAGGAGGUAAAGUUCCAAGGGAUAGAGAAUACGUACGCCAGUCCGCCAUCGACAUUUUCCACUGCUGGCGUCGACUGGUCGUCAGCUGGAAAGGCAAGCUCAAGCUCGGGAACCGAAAAAGCAAAGACUCCCUUAUACGAGUUCCGAGACAACACGAUCUGUAUAGACCUUGAUGAGGAGUACGAAGAACAACCAGGCAGCUCCUUUCCGUCCACAGACAUGCAGACCGCUCAACUCAGACGCGAGAGAUUUCCUCACUUUUUAUCUGUUGAUGAUCUCGAACAAGGCAACAGCGGAGAGCCUGUAUAUAUCGACUACAGAGGGCAAUUUGGAAGAAACAGUGCAGUAAGAGCCAAGUUCUCGGGCCCGGCUGGUUCUAAGGAUUUCGACGCUGUUCAAACACAGCCGCAAGCAAGGAGCAAGACUACUCGAGGCAAUAAGCGGAAGAAUGGAAACUCCAAUGCGCGGAUCCUUCAAGAAAAUGCCAGCACAGGAACGACGGGAAGGAAAGGAUAUUGGUUAACAUCGGGUGGUAGCAAGGUGUAUGUCACGGCCGAAGGACAACGUAUGAUGGGUAAAGAAGGCUACAAACGCUACAUGAAGGAGAAUGGAAAAUCUGGCAAGCCUAGAAGGAAGGCUGGUAGAAAGUCAAGGAAGAAAAACUAAGAUUAAUGUGAGUAAGCUUUGUAAGUUGCCUACUCUGCGUGUUUCGAGGUGGCUACCCAAGCUGCUGACUGUUCACAGCCACUUCCUUACUGAAGUACUUGGAGAGUAUGAAGGAUGCAUCCGAGGAGGAUCUAGACGAACUGGACGAGAUUGACAAAGAUACAGAAAUGGUGGGUUUCUUCAGGCUCAUGGUUUCCUACGGACGAAAGCGGAAAAGGGAGAGUUUGGAAGCCCCUGAUGAGCUUCGUGCCCGCGUGAAAUUGUUGGAAUCGUUCAAGCCCACACUUGAUGAUCUUUCUUCUCAGAACGCGCUCUACCUCAAGGAAGCGACUACGCUCUUGGGAUAGACACUUCGAUGCUAGUAAGCUGGAACCGCUGUGGGUUGGAUACCGUAGGUCCUCUGGAAGGUUUCUGGAAUCGGUUUGUCUCGGACGCGGAACCCGAUCCUUCAGGCUAUCGAAAACCUCGGGCUGGAGGUGUGCGUGGUUGACGAGGAACAGGACUGGGAUACAGUUCAGAAGCAAUGCGAGACUUUCAUGCGCGUGAUGGCGGAGGUCAUGGCGAUCGUCUGGGGAAGGAGGUGACUUACAGCAUUGCUCAACGGCAGUGAUACAUCCUUGUGAGCGGUUCUCCAAGAAUGCCUGCACAAGGUAAGUCAGAUAAGAACGUGACUGCUCACAAGCUAGCAGAAGCACGGGGAGAGCUGGUCCGCUUUUCGAAUCAGUGUUUCCUAGCGAAAUACGAAGCUCAGAAGCUCGCACUGGGCUACAACCCAGAUCCGGAUAUCAGCAACACUGUCAGGGGCUUUGCCUUCACGGGCGGGAGGUUGAGGCUGUCACAGUGGCUCACUCGGUUCUUGACAUCCCGAAGGGUGUUAUUUUCCAGCGACAGUGCCUGAUCAAGGACGGGCAACCGGUUGACGACAGCCAACCGCUUAAGUACUACCCGGUUGACGCGUGGGGAGAGUGCAUGAAGAGCAUCGUGUGGCACUGCGCUAACAAGGCGUACGAGGACUUCCAACUUCAAGCGAGAGCGGAGGAGCGUGGCGCGGAGGACAGCAACUCAAAGUGAGAGCCGCUGGCGGAUACAGGAUUGGUGGCGAAAGUUUGGAGCUGGCGGUCCGCACGAAUGCAGCAGCGGCAGUGAGGCAGUGACGGUGAACCGGGUCCCUCGGCUAUGUCAACUGUGGUCUCAGUGACGGUGAAUGGCCAGCAGUGGUGGCUGAAGCUGGGGCCAAACAGGGACGAGAGGCAAGCGGAGAUGGCGCUCAUGCCAUCGAAGAAGUGUGCCUGGGAGCUUUGGUUCCAGGUUGAGCGCGACAUGUUCUCCCAUUCCCUGCUGCAAGACCUGGUAGCCUUUCCGGUGGAGGUGGAGGGAAUCGGGAGACCAGCUAUCGACUGGGGACUGGUCUGCGGGCCGGGGCUGGAUCCUCUCGCGGACGCUGUAGCGAAGGCCUGGCCGUGUGCUUUCGUCAAAGUCUGGCUUCCGCUGAUAACAGCUUGGACCCUGUCGCCGGACUGUGCACUGUUCUUUGUGGAACCUCAGGACUUGAAAGACUGCGUACAGGGACUACUAUACUGCUGCUUGAUGCUGCUCAAUGGUGGUAGUCUUCCGUGGAAGGAAGCGGCGGCUUCCAGAAACGUCUACCAAGUUCUUUGUGCCCGGUAUGAAGCAAUGCGCAAGAUGGCCGAAGAUGAGAGCUUCAUACUGAAUCUUCAAGCGGCUUGUUGAUACCUCCACCAUGAAGAUUGGCGUUCUAAAAGUCAAUGACAGUAAUAUAUUCAAUGCGAGUCAAUGCAUUGAGCUUAUUGACUGCC